AUGUCCAAAGAGUUUGUCCCUGAGUGUGUGUUUAAUUCCAGUGUGGAGAGGAGCUCUUUUCACCUGCUGGUUGAUGGCAUCUGUGUGACUGAUGGACACCUGCUGAAUGACGAGGGAUCAUCUUUAGACCUGUUGAACCCGGUUUAUCUGUGAGGAGAUCCGAUGGGCAGGACCACAAAAGUCUGUAUCCCUCCUCAGAUGGGUAUUUGACAGCUCUGUCACAUAUUUUUACUUGAUUUGUCUCGUCCUGUCCUCUCUCAGGGUCACAAUAUCCCCAUGAACAGCGUGGUCGGGUGUGUACGAGAGUUUAAAAUGAAUGAGGAGGCUGUCGGGGAGCCUGAGGGAAGACACAAGUUUCUGCCCCGCUCUGAUAGGCUCACAGAGACGGGGAUAUAUUUUGGUGGAGGACAUAUUGUCAAAGGUUGGACUAAUUUAAAUGAGCCUGGUGUGGUUAAGCAGAAAAAAGAAUCUUUUUUUCCUAAAAAUGAUGAGGAAUAUUUUGUUUCAGAUGAUGUCUUCACCCUCAGCUCCCAGUUUAUGUUGUCCUUUGAGCCCCCGUUUCUUAUCACCUGGCAGGUGUUCAGCGUCAGUCUGUUCCUGAAGGAAAACAAGGUCAAACUCCUCUAUCAAUCAAGAGCAAAAAGUAGGGACGCAGAAUAUGGGUUAUUAUUUUGCUGAGCCAAUAUUGGCAUCUGACACAAUCUGCUCCUAGUGGUCAAUAACAGAAAGAUUAUGACUCUCUUUUUACACUUCUGUAUUUUACAAACCUUUACUUCUCUUUGUAUUUGUUAUAUUAGCCUUAAAAAUGAUCCUGGAUUUGCAUCACAGUUCAAACAGAUGACAAUCUGGAAUCCAUUCAGGAUCCUAUAACUUAAAGACUCUUAACUUUGGAGUUGAGAAACCACCCUUAUUGGAUGCAACACACCUGAAACUUUCUCUCGAAUUAGAAUUAGACUUUCUACUGUCUCUGUUUCUGACAUUUGACACUCACCCUAACCCUACCCUAACCUCAACUCUAACCCUGUAACCCUAACCCUAUACCAAAACCAUAUCCCGAACCCUAGCUGUUUUUAAAAAUUUUUUUACUUAAAAGUAUCAAUUAACUCAGCGAUUUCAAACAUGCUCCGAAACACUCUCUACAGGCACUAUUUUGACCAUAAAUAUUUUGCCAAAUCCUCACAUCUCCCGAUUGCCAUUCAUUGUCCAUGGCCUUCACAUUUUGUGUCAUAACUGGCAAAACGAAUGUCUGAGUGACUCAGGAUUGGGUGGCAUCUGACCAGACCCACAAGUCCGCAUGACCUUCUGUUCCCGAAAUACUGAUUUUGUCGCAUAGAUGGAUCAGUCUCAUUAGAGUGAGCUUAAUAUAUGUUCUCCUUCAAAACAUGCCUUUGCCUGAACAGCAAAGACGUAAUUGUGUUUGUUUUCAAUACCUCCUCUGAUGUUCAGUGACUCUUUUUGUUUUUAAAGGUGGUAGUCAGAGUGAAUGUAGGCACCUAUGAUAUCUGUUUCUCUGUGACUUCCCCUGAAAGUCUCUGUGACGGGCAGUUUCACCUGGUCACAGGUUGGUCUUCUACACCUGACAUCUUACAAAAAUCUGUUUCUGAUUACAAGAUCUUAUGUUUUGUUGUUGAUACUUUAUUUCAUUCUGUUAGUAUAUAAAACAUUCAAUACAAACAAGGAAAAUUCUGAAACCUGAAUGAAAAGGAGCAGAAAGGAGAAAAAUCUUACAGAGUCUGCCUCUCUUUUUGUAGAUUUUGUGUUUUGAUUUUGUCCUUCAGUUUCCAGACAAAAUGAGGUUAUCAAACUAGGGGUGGACUCUUCAGCUGAGACAUUCAAGGAAAUAACAUUGACAGAAUGA